AAAAAGUAUAAAAAGACCCGGGGGAUCACUGUGUGUGCUUAUAUGUCACAAUGAUUAUCAUUCUUAUCACAAACCUUAUAUAUAUCCCACUGGGAAUUGCCUUGCAUGUUUCCCAGCCUUAUCGUGUGGAAGGGAAACCGGAAAAUGUCCCUCUACAAUGUCUCUUUAGCUCAGAAUUAAGGCCAGAAGAAAUGCAGGUAUCUCUGUAUAGAGGAUUGCAUGGCCAGCAGAGGAUAUGUAGUGCAUACGUCAACCUGUCUAAGCCGUACUUUGCUACAGAUGGACCAGUUCAAUGCAGAGGCAAUAUAAGCUCUGGUAUAGUAGAUAUGAUCAUCUCUGGACUCAAGGGAGAAGAUACAGACGUCUAUCGCUGUAAGGUUGAGGUUCUCUACCCACCUCCAUAUCUCAGAAGUUUUGGGAAUGGGACUGUUGUUUACAUACAAGAAAAUCUAAAUUGCCCGACUGCAUUCAUGCAGAGUCAGAGCCGGAUUUCGGAGCGGUCAUCUGUGAGUGAUGAUGUGGGUCCACUUCCUCUGCUAUGUGCUAUUCUUAUCAUUACUUCCUGCAUCUUUAUGCUACAGAUAAUGAAGAUAAUCUGGAAAUGGAGGGACACCGGGUCUAUGGCACCUAUGGCUACACAAAAAGACAGCUAUAGGAAAUUUUAAGGGUGUGAUCAUCACCUGUAAUGUUCACAUGUAUUCUAACAUGUAUUGCCACCUGCAUGUAUUCACAUGUAAUCGCGUGUCAUUUCCAAUUGCAUGUAUUCGCAUGUAUUCACAUGUACUCGCAUGUCAUUUCCAGUAGCAUGUAUUCACAUGCACUCACAUGUUGUUUCCAAUUGCAUGUAUUCACAUGUACUUACAUGUCAUUUCCAUCUGCAUGUAUUUACAUGCACUUACAUGUAUUCUCACCUGUAUGUAUCCAUAUGUACAGUUUUCCACAUGUG